AUGAAGAAACAAAAGCAUGGGUGUUUCGUGUCUAGAUGUGCGGGCAUUGUGAUUAUCGUAGCGGUGGCUUUGUUGUUAACUUGCGCAGUGCUCAUCACAUACUAUGUACCCGAGUGUGACGAAGUGGAGCCGGUUGAGCAGUCGGUGGGAUUACCGCCAGAACCAGAUAUACCCGAGGACACGCUGGAGCCGUUCUAUGGACGGUUGCCAGAUACAUUGCUGCCUAUACAUUACAACUUGUAUAUAAAAACGUAUCUCGACGAUGAGGAUGGUGAUUUACAGUACACUUUUUCUGGGACCGUAGAAAUACAGAUAAAUUGCUUAAAAUCCACUGAUAUUAUUACCCUGCACGCCCAUGAGAGCGUAACUGUGAUUUCCGCAACGCUGACUCCAGAGAGCGGAGGCGACCCUACAGACGAUAUCGACAUUGAACGGGAAUAUGAAUUUGCAUUUGUGCAUUUUAAUUUACAGUCGAGCAUGAUAGAAGGCGAGAAUUACAUGUUGUCGGUUGCAUAUACAGGGUCGCUAGCACAGACACCAAAUGUGGGAUACUACUACACUAACUACGUCGUAAAUGGCGAAAACAGGCGCCUUGCAUGCACACAAUUGGGACUGACAUUUGCACGUAGAGCGUUUCCGUGCUUCGACGAGCCAGAUAUGAAGGCCACUUUCGACGUUGCGUUGGAGUAUCGUAACACAAGACUGGCGUUGUGCAAUAUGCCUAUUAUUAGCACCACGGAGACUAGCGCUGGAUGGGAGAAGACUACGUUUGAAAGAACGCCGACGAUGUCGACCUAUUUGAUCGCAUUUAUUGUCGCUGACUAUGUAAACAUUACUGAUUACACAGAUCGAGACCACAUUGCCGUGCCUCAGUUCUUUUUCGGUGGGAUGGAAAACUGGGGUAUAAUAAUGUACAGAGACACAAGUAUUUACUACGACCCAGACACAGAUCCACCUUCUCAAAUGGAAGGAGCAAAUGUCCUUGUUUCCCACGAGAUAGCACAUCAGUGGUUUGGUGAUUUAGUCACGUGUCAAUGGUGGGAUCAUACUUGGCUCAACGAAGGUAUUUCAAGUUUUAUGGAGUACGUCGGCACCCACCACACCGAGACAGACUGGGAAAUGUUUCAACAAGUUUUCCAAUGGGCUACGUUAUACCCGGCAUUAGAGACUGACUCUACAGGCGAUUCCCAUCCCGUUAUUUACCCAGUGGGAACAGAAGAAGAAGUGCUUAAUAUAUUCGACAUAAUAUCGUAUCUGAAGGGUGCAAGUAUAACUCACAUGAUGGCUGGAUUUCUCUCCAAAGAUACGCUGAACGAUGGUUUUACUUCGUAUCUUAAGGAGCACAACCAUGACAAUGUCGUUUCUGACGAUUUAUUUGCGGCGUUAACAGAGGCCGCUAAAGGAGAGACGAACUUGAACGUUAAACUCAUUAUGGACACAUGGACACUUCAGAUGGGAUACCCAGUUGUAACAGUGUGGCGUGAUGCGAAUACCGCAACCAUACUUCAUACGAAUCAGAGUCACUUUUUAUUAGACCCGUAUGAUGAACCAUCUUCUAAGUACGACGAUUUAGGGUAUAAAUGGUACGUACCAAUUACUUACACCCACGGAUCGGAGCAAGAAUUUAAGAACCCUGCUCUAAAAUGGCAAAACAGAGGUCCAGCCAGCAUUGAACUCAAUGGAGCUAGUGAUAAUGACUGGAUAAUAUUGAACAUCAACCAAACCGGCUAUUAUCGUGUUAAUUAUCAAAAUAAUGAUUGGGAGAAAUUGGCUGAUCAGUUAAAAGACGACCACCUGGUGAUCCCAGUCAGAAGUCGUACGGCCCUUAUAUCGGAUUCUUUUACUAUAUCCCAUGGACAUCAGUUGGACCAAGUGAUUGCCUGGAAAAUAACGGAGUAUAUGCAGGAGGAAUCGGAUUACAAUCCGUGGAGGGCGCUCACAGAUAACAUUGAAACCACGAAACGAAUGUUAAAGAGAACCACGUCGUAUGGCUACUAUGAAAGAUAUGUCAGAAGACAGAUCACACCUAUGUACGAUGCACUAGGAUGGGAUUCACUUCAGACGAUUAUCUGCCUUAGUAAGUCAUUUCACUUUGAAUUUUCUGACAUCCAUUUAGAAGAAGAUUCAAUUUAA